UUUCCGGGUACUUUAAAGCAGUUCGUCUACAUGGAGCCUACAGGCUGUUCGUUGUACCGCAAAGCGUUGAUUCUCGAGCGAGGUUCAUGCUACCUAAAGCAACCACUCCUCACAUGCCGAAAACACUGAAUCGUUGAUAUCGACGCCAUUGUUGAUGUGCGUGGUGCGUGGUUUUCUCUCGGUUUGUUGCGCUUCGAAAAGAAGGAGUUAAGUGUGCACUGCGCUUGAUACAGUAAUUCCCUAUGUAACCCGGAUCCGAGCUCACGCUGGACUGGACGCGGUCCUUGCGGACCCUGUCACGGAACUGUCUGAAAGGAAAAGAACAGAGGGCCCUGAUAGACCAUGUCUGGGCGCCCGUUCCGUGGCGGCCGGCGAGGCAGCGGAUUCUUUCCACGGGCCCCGUACCGCGGUCGGGGCCGGGGCUUUAGGGGAGGGGGACCGUACGAGGGACGUGGUCGGGGUCGAGGUAGAGGCAGCUAUGGGUACAACAAACGCUACGACGAUGAUCGAGACAGGGAUCGAGACAGGUACAGCCGGGAUCGCUAUUACUCGAGGUCGCGCUCCCGGUCUCGAUCGCGUUCUCGGUCGCGGUCUCGCUCGAGAUCUUACUCCAGGUCGCGGUCCCGCUCCCGCUCUCGCUCCAAGACGCCGCAAACGCAGAGAGAGUCCAGGGCACGAAAGGUCCCCACCAAGAAGGAACUGCAGGAAAUUGCCGCAGCUGUUACAAAGACGAUAGUGCAGGAAAAAGAUCAGCGACUAAGGUCAAAGACGCCUGUGAGGACACGGUCUGGCUAUGCGGAUUCACCGCCAGCGUUGGCCAGCACGCGCCGUAGCUUGAGUCCCAUCAGAGGAGAUGGUGGAAACAGUCCGUACUCCUCUUCAAGGGACUACCCUGUGUCCAGGCCCAAGACCCCAUCGUUCAAACAGAAGGAUUUAUCUGGGGAUGCAGGCUUCAGGCCCAAGACCCCAUCAUUCAAACAGAAGGAUUCGUCAGGGGAUGCAAGCUUCAGGCCCAAGACCCCGUCACUCAAACCCAAGGAUUCGGGGGAUGGAGGCUUCAGGGCCCAGCUGCUGGAGCUAGCCUUGAAAGAGAAACAGAAACUGGGUCUUGACAAGUUGGAUUCACCCCGCAGCUCCAGUUCUGCACUGAAGGCAAUACAGGGAUAUUCCGGGGCACGGUCACCAGAGGAGUCUGACCAUGAAGAGGAGCCGGUCGCAAAGGACCUGUAUGAUGACUUGCCAAAGCCACUGUUUCCAAUAUCUAAUAAAGGUAGCACAGAAUCAGCGUGGAAGGCAGUAGGAAGCAAGCAAGGAUCGUCCUUGGACGUACGGAAGAAGCCCAUUGACGAUAUCUUCCCCGAUGUUGAUGAAUACGACUCACGGCGCGAUGCCUGGGAUGACCGCAUGGAUGGUAAGGGCGGUGGCCUACGUUUAGAUCGCCGUCCUGAUUCACAUUCCGAUUCACAUCGGCCCGACUCGCGCACGGACUUGUACGCAGAUCUGCUGUCAGAUAGCCAUGCCACUUUGCGGAGUGAAUCGAGGUUUCACUCGGAGGACAGCAAAAGCCAACGACAGUCAUCCACAUUGAUCCCGGGUCUGGGCAUUGAUGAAAACAUUGAUGAUGAAGAUGCAUUUCUUUACGGUGAUGAAGCUCUCACCACGGGUCGCCCACCGUCUGUGCAAGAGAGGCGCUCUGCACAGGAGAAGCAGUCUUUCAUGGAAGAGAGACGCCCUGCGCAGGAAAAGCAGCCUUUCAUGGACGAGAGGAAGAAACACCUAACGCAGGAUUCAUGGAUGCCAGCACCGCAGCGGUUUGGAGGAGGGCCUUCCUCACCAGAUGAGUCAGACCUGACCAUCGACUUAAAACUUCCUUUUGAUCGCCGCAAGACUGCCGAGCCGGCACGACCAGGAAAGGCAUUUUCAGACAGCAGGUCGCAACAACACCAGGAGCAACCGCUUCCCCAGCGAGGUGGCCGACGUGCCCCAGAUCGCAUUCUGGAUGACCGAUCGCCAAAGGAGUCAUGGAAGUCAUUGCAGCGGCAUAGGACGCCAUCCCCUGAGCUUAGUCCACCACCCUUGUCAUCGAGGACAACAAAGCAGUCGUCAAAACAGUCGAUGCUGGGCUACAGUUCCAUAGAGUCUAUGAAGCAGGAGCUUCGUGAGCUCAAGAUGAUGCUCAGCAGAGAGAAGGAAGCCAAGGAAGAAAGCUAUGAACGCAAAAGGCCAAGGACGCCCUCCGACACGGGAUCCUACAGCCGUGGGGGUCGCAGCCCAAGCCCAGUCAAGCGCCGUCGGGACAGCUACUCCCCCAGCCACCGGCGACGUGGGCGGAGCCCUGCCGACAGCUACCGGCGGCCGUCACCCCCUUCGUACCGCCGGGAACGACGUGAGAGCCCCUACUACCGCGGUGCUGCAACACCUUCUGCCCGCCGGUACUCCCCGUCGCCAGUCAACAGUCUCUCACCAUCUUCGGACAGGUCCAUGGGAAAGCGCUGGUCGCCAAGCCCGCCGCCGAGGACACCACGACACAGGAGGCAGGAGGGCCGGACACCGGGUCGCCGGUGGAGUCCCGAAAGCCCACCGCUGCGGCCACGGCGAAGCAGCCUAGAGAGAACUCCCAAACACCCAUCAUCACAGACGCCGUACUACCAGGGGUCUUCACAACCUACUCAGCCUCCAUACUAUGACAGCGGCCAGCCCUCAGGGCCGCCCUUGGUUCCGCCACCAAACUUGUCUGUGCCCCCACCGAACUUUCCCAUGAACGCGCCGCCUCCCCAGGCAGCGCCGUACUUUGCAGGAUACCCUCCACCUGCACAGGCACCACCGGACUACUCCUACCCCCCUCCGCCGGCGCAGCAGCAGCAGCAGCAGCAGGCGGUGCGCUCCAACCUUCGUGUCGUGCCACUCCAAAGUGCCAUGGACGGAGCCAUGUCUUCUGCAAAGGAUGAGAGAGGCUUCUCACCUGCUAAUGUCAAGCAGGAGGAGAAAUUGACUUCAAACAAGCUGCCGCCAGUGACUCAGGAGGAGAUUGACAACUACCUGCGGCUUGUAGAGACCAAGGAUAGCCACAGGGAUAAGCUCAACCUCCUCAAGCAGGAGCUGGUCCGCCUCGGCAAGAUCCAGAACGAGAUAAUGCGGCGGCGGCAGCACAAGCGGGACGGCCACAGGGAUCCCUUGUUGCUGGAGAGCAGCAGCAUGUACGAAGAUGUCAAGAAGCAGGUGAUGGAGGUGAACAGCAACAUGGAAGAAGUGUCUCGAAAGAUCUUCAAGGUCUCACAACGUGUCAAGAUAGAGGCCAUUGCCUACAAGAAGCAGCAGGAGGAAGAGGCUUUGGCUGCCGAGAGCCCGGACACGGCUGGCAUCAAGUUUGUGUAUGAGGACCCACGAGACCAUUGGUGCCAGCAGUGCAAUGUGGUGGUGCCAACAAUGAACGAAAUGUUUCGCCAUUUGCACUCACCCAAGCAUAAAGAGGCCACACCUUCUCAUGAUCGACCUUGGGCUGAGAUCGAGAAGACAGUUCCUGCAAACCAAAAAUUCCACCGUACAAUUGUCUCAACUGUCAAAGGUGUUCAAUUCCUGGUUGGCAUCUCUGGCUAUUACUGCAAGCUCUGCAAGGUGAUGAGUGGAGAUUCGGCCAUGGCCCGCACCCACUUGCAUAGCCUUGAGCACAACCAGAACUACACGAAGUACAUUCUGCUGAAUCCAUUCUAUGAGCGUCGGUGGAAGAUGGAGAAAGACAUUGCUCUUGGUGCUGCCAUUAAGGAAGAAAAGGAUAAACAAGAGAAAGAGAAGGAGAAAGAAAAAGAAAAAGACAAGGAGAAAGACAAGGAAAAAGACCGUGAGAAGGACAAGUCAAGGUCACGCUCACACUCGCGCUCUCCAUCUGAGCACAGUUCCUCGAAACGGCACAAGUCAAACCGUAAAGAAGAGCAAGAGAAGAUACGACGAAAGAAUGAGGAGCUGCAAAAGGCAGAGCGUGAGAACAGCCGUUCAGUCAAGGAAUUGGACGAUGCUGAAAUGAAUCCGAAGAAGGGCGUGAAGGCCAGCUCACCGCCACCUUCCAGGCCAACUUCAGGCGGAAGUGGCAUCAAGCUUAAACUUCUGAAGGGCCAGAAAAUGCAGAAGCAACCAGCUAAACAGACUCCAGUUGUGAUCAUUGGCAAGGCACCUUGUUUCCGGCCUUCGUUCCUGUCUGGAAAGGCUAAAGUAGGAUCAGCUUCAAACGCGACCACAAAGCAAGAGGAAAGCAAGCCGUAUGGUCCUGCACUUCCGCCAAAUUUGGCUUCGGCUUCAGCUGCAGACCUUGUGGAGGAGGCUAAGAAGAACGAAGCAGCCAUGGAGAUCCCGCUUCCCACUUCUGCCUCAGAGGCUUCAGCCGAGGUGCCAACGACGGUCACCGCAGCCACAGUCAAGCUGCCCUCGGCUCCAACGCUGUCUGUCGCUCAAGCUCCACGCAAGCAGGCCCUGAAGUCUGGAGUUGUGGCCAAGGUCACUUCACUGCCAAGCGUGCCUGGGGCCAGUAUGACUGAAGAGGACAUGGACCUGAAGCUUCUUGGCAUUGAGCGGGAUGAUAUUCAGCCAAUCGCUCCAGUGAAGCCACCACCAGCAUAUGGUCCAGCACCGCCCCCGCCACCAGUACAGUUGCCAAACCUAUCGGUGCCACCACCCAUGUUCCCGGUACCACCACCGAAGCGUACCUUGUUGCCACCACCACAGUACCUGGCCACUGUGCCACCACCGACUCUGGCACCCUUGAACGUACCACCACCCACAGCUACCUUGCAUGUGAGGCCUCAUUUACUAACCCAUGGCAGACCUUUUGUGGAAAAUGCUGGCUACGUCAAGCCCAACAACAACAGGGUUACAUGUAACACAGUGGUGCCCCUGCAAGUGUUGCGGCUGCCACCCCCGCCACCACCUGAUGAGCCAGAGCCACCAGCAGUGCCAGUAACAACAACAGGAAACACGACUGUUCAGAGGCCCACCAACCUCAUUCCCAUCCAGAAGGCUGCACCCACCAGUUGUGCAACAUCCACUGCUAAGGAGCCCCAGGAGUUGACACAAGCUGCUGAACCUUCCGUUGACUCCAGUGAUGGGAAAGAUGCAACUGCCACGACUACCGAAGCAGCUGCAAAGUUGGAGAAAGCCAGUGCAGGUGAUGUUAAGCCUGUAACAACUGUGAUUGAUGAAAAAGCCACCAAUCUGCCUACUGAAGGUGCGAAAUCAAGAGCAAAUGUGGACGUGAAGUUUGCUACUGCUGCUGAUGUUGCGAAAUCAGGAGCAGAAGAUGCGGACAGUAAAGUUGCUACUGCUGCUGACGUUGCGACACCAGAAGCAGCAGAUAUGGGCGUGAAGGUUGCUACUGCUGCUGACGUUGUGAAAGCAGAAGCAGAAGAUGCGGACGUGAAGGUUGCUACUGCUGCUGAUGUUGCAAAACCAGAAGCAGCAGAUGCGGGUGUGAAGGUUGCUACUGCUGCUGACGUUGUGAAAGCAGAAGCAGAAGAUGCGGACGUGAAGGUUGCUACUGCUGCUGAUGUUACAAAACCAGAAGCAGAACAUGCAGACAUGGAGGUUGCUACUGCAUCUGAUGUUAUGAAACCAGAAGCAGAAGAUGUAGAUGGGAAGGUUGCUACCGCUGCCAAUGUUGUGAAACCAGAAGCAGAAGAUGUGGAUGUGAAGGUUGCUCCCCCUGCUGCUGAUGUUGCCUUGGAGAGUGCCACUCAGCCUGUUAAUGAGUCAGUCAAUAAAGCUGUGGCUACGAAACAAUCAGAGCCAUCACAAGGUGAAGCCUUACAGUAUCCUGAACCUCAUGAAGUGACAGUGCUUGAAGGGGUUGCACCAGUAUCCUCGGACAGUUCACUUACCAUAAGCGAAAGCUGUGUGGGCACAACCAUGGCUGAUGUUCCUAGCUCUGCCGUUGAAAAUGAAGGUGAUAAGACCGAAGAUAAAUUUGAAGCCUCUAUGAUCUCCCAACAGCAGGUCCAUGCCGAUGUUUCCCUAAAUCAGGAGAGUGAGGCAGUGCCAUGCCCUUCUGUUCAGACAGAAGCCGCUGAAGCUAAUGCUGAACACGCCACCGCUAGCUCCGCAAGUGAGAAGGACUUGAAACUGAAUGAGAACACACAUCAGCUGUAUAGUAAAGAAACAAGCGAUGCAGAAAAUAUGCAAGUUACAGAGCAGUCUGGAACUAGCAGUUCUAGUUCCGCUUUGCAAGGGCAGCAAAUCCCAGCUGUUAGUGCAACCAUUGAAGCUAACAAAGCAGACAUGGUAAUUGAAGGCAGCGGCUCGAGUUUACUAAACAUUUUAGAAACAGUGAGUGAGGGACAAUGUCAUACAGUGCCCUCUUAUGACUCAGAAAAAGAUGCCUUUAGUUUGUCGGAAAGCGAUCUGUUAAGUUGUGAUUUUAGCUUGCAAGCUGGUCCAGCAUCAAUAGGAACAGGUGAGGAAACCGUAUUUGCUGAAACUAGAAACACUUGUUCUCAGCCUGAGGAGCUUUCGGCAGGCAAGAAUGUGAUUGCAGACUUCAGUUUGGAGGACAAGACUGACACUGCUGAAGAUAUGUCAAAUGUUGAAAAUGGAGCGAACGUUGUAAAAAGUUCAGGUAUUUUAAGGGGCGAGACAUUUAUUCCAGAAGACCAGAAUUUUGAGGGAGAUUCAUGUUCAAGUGCCACCACUGAGAUUGAGGAAAAUGUUUCAAGUGGAAUGGAGGUCAAAUAUGGAGACAGUGAGGAGCCUUCAAUUGAAAAGAAUGAGAUGUUUCAUGAAGAGAGUACAAUGCUCGCUACCAAAGAGGAAGAGCUGCUAGACAUGAACACUGAAGGGCUAAUUGUUGCAGAUGUAUCGGAAAAUAAUACAUUCACGAGCGAAAAAGUUGUUUUGGAGUGUGUAGACGGUACAGGCAAGACUGAGACUUAUGCAGAUCUACCUGUCGGUAAUUUCAAAGACAGUGAAAAAUUCAUUGAAGAUGUAGAGGCAGCCAGUGCCACCAGCUGCACACAAGUGGUUAUGGAAGAUGCCACUACAACACAGUUUGUCCAAUGUGAAGAAGAGGCAAGCACUGUAAUGGAAGAGGAGGAAGUGUUGAACAGCGUAGCCAAAGCAGGAGAACAUGCAGAAAACAUGGCUGAUGCAAGUGAAAACUGCCUAGAGUUUGGCAGUGCAAGCGAAACGCUUGAUUGCCAAGCUGACGCUGUGGUGCCAUUUGCAUCAUUUGAUGAGCCGUCCACCGCAGGAGAUUGCUCUGUGCCCGUAGUGACAACACUGGGCCUGGACAGCCUUCUGGACGACUGCCCAGACUGGAAAACGGCCAUUUUGGAUGCCACUGACACCCUUGACGACAGUAUGCCAGGGGAGGGACUCUUUAACAGCGCCUCUGUUUCAGCGGAGCCACUGGUCAGCGCAGUGGCUGCGGGGGGUGUGGCUCGAGACAGUGCAGGAUCUGAAGACAAGCCCAGCGACGGAGACUUUGAGGCGAGCGGCCAGCUGCUGCAGCCAGAUUUGGGUGAAGUGCCACUCGAAGAUGCGUCACUAGGUGCUGCUGAGCCAGUGCUUGAUGACGCCAAAACUUCUACUGAAGAUGAAUGUGUCCUGGAUGGAGACUUCGCGGUGGUGGAUGAAUGCUCGGACGAGGUGGCGCCUAAUGAAGACGACGAUGGCAUGGUUGUCAUGGAUCAAGCAUGAAUUGGGGACAGACGUGGUUGACUGUGUUUUGUUCUUUCUUUUCAUCAUUUUUUAAAGCAUUUCUUACAUUUAUUUUGUUAUGUCAUUUGUUACCGCAUACAUUGUGCAUUUGUUUGAAUUUCCUUUGCUGGUAAACACAUUGGGAAUUACUCCUUGCCUUCAGUCAGCUAUGUGUGAUAGCAGCUCUGUGCAACCAGUCUCCCCUUUUGUGAUCCCCUCCUGAUUGUGUAAUAUGCCUUUCAUGCUUUCAAUAAAGACAUUAUAUCAAGACCGUAUCUGAAGUA